AUGAAACUUUUAUGGACCUUAUCGACGGUUUUGCUGAUUGUGGCACCAUCGAUUUUGGCAUCAAAUAAUGGCAACAACCGGUUGGAUAUGGCUGCUCAACGAAGAGCAGCCAACAUUCAUCGUAUGGACACUAUCAUUCUCCUCACCUAUAUGUCAGUGAUGGUUGUCAUUGUGGUCACCGCUUGGGCGUUCAAGCAUUACCGUUUCAGAUUCAUUCACGAGAGUGGGGUCACACUUUUCUAUGGGUUAUUGAUCGGUUUUGUCAUUCGAUAUUUUGGCCUGGGGUUGAUGCAGUCACAGACAUUCGAUGUGGAAACCAAAAACAAAUCGAUGGUGAACGAACCACCUGAUUAUCUGAUGUUGGAAGUAAAGCCAGAAGGGGGCUCGCGUGUAUCAUUUCACUACGAACUCAUUGAAGGAUUCUUUGCAGACAAACGAAAGAAGAUAGAGCAGCAAAUAGAGCAGAAGAGUGUCUUCUCUCCCGAAGUCUUCUUCAAUAUGUUGAUUCCACCAAUAAUCUUUAAUGCAGGAUACUCGUUGAAAAAACGUCAUUUCUUCAGAAACAUUGGGAGUAUUCUAGCGAUAGUGUUCAUUGGUACCACAAUAUCAUGUUUUGGAACUGGAUGUCUCAUGUUCGUGUUCACUUCCAUAUUCCGAAUGGGUUAUACAUUCAAGGAACUUCUCUUUUUCGGAGCACUUAUCUCUGCAACAGAUCCUGUAACCAUCAUAUCAGUGUUCAAUGACAUGAACGUGGAAGCUGACCUGUUUGCGCUUAUAUUUGGAGAGAGUGCUUUGAAUGAUGCAGUCGCUAUUGUGCUUUCAGAAGUCAUUGAAAACUUCUCAACAAGCAGUGAAGCAAUCACACUACAAGAUUUUGGAAGUGCCAUUGCAGGAUUCGGUGGUGUAUUCUUCGGCUCAUUGAUGCUAGGAUUCACAAUUGGUUGUAUGAACGCGUUCCUCACAAAAAUGACAUUGAUUGCUGAACAUCCACUUCUCGAAAGUUCAUUGUUUGUGCUCAUCUCCUAUAUAUCAUUUUUGGUUGCAGAAGUUUGUGGGUUAACUGGAAUCGUAUCAGUCUUGUUCUGUGGUAUCGCUCAAGCUCACUAUACAUACAACAACUUAUCCGAUGAGUCUCAAGGCAACACCAAACACUUUUUCCAUAUGGUGUCUUUCAUCAUGGAGAGUUUCAUUUUCUGUUACAUCGGUGUCAGUGUCUUCGUCACCAACAAUCAAAGAUGGAGUUUCUCAUUUUUGUUCUUCUCCCUGAUUUCCAUCACAGCUUCCCGAGCUCUCUUUGUGUAUCCACUCAGUUGGCUACUCAAUGUUCGAAGACGUCCGAAAAUUCCAAUGAGGUACCAACACAUGAUUUUAUUUGCGGGAUUACGUGGAGCAAUGGCUUUUGCUUUAGCCGGAAGAAACACGUCAACGGAGAAUAGACAGACAAUCUUUGCAACAACAACUGCAGUCGUUAUAGUGACAGUGUUGGUGAAUGGUGGGCUCACUUCAUGGAUGAUUGACUAUCUUCAAAUAAAACAUGGAAAAGAUGCCAUCGAAGAAGGUCAGCGGCUGGAGAAUUCGAUGAGUUGCUCACCACAAGGAGAACAUAACUCCGAGAUGGAUGAAUCCAUACCGGUGACAAUGGCUCCUGGUCUCAACCCUUGGGAUAAAGCGUUCCUUCCAAGAAAGUGGUAUCACUUCGAUGCCAGUUUCAUGAAACCACUGCUCACUCAUGCUACACCUUCUCUGGAGCAAACACUUCCUCCGAUAUGCCUUCCACUUACAUCUUUGCUGACGUCUAGCCGUCAGCGUGCGUACAUCAACGCGGAACCGUUUGACACAAUUGUACAGUCAGGCACUUCACUAAUUGAUGUAUCCGGUUGUGUUGAAGAACCCGUUUGA